AUGUUCCAUUGCUCAUCGCAUAUCCUAAUUUUUUACACUAAUUCCAAUCGUCAUUUUUCUCAAUCAAAUAGUCGACAUUAUCGACCACACACGCGUUCCGAUGAACGAUCUCGACGAGACAAUCGCUACGAUAACAAACGCACUCGACGCAGUCACUCGCGAUCGACAGAACGUCGACGAAGUGACACUCGUCUAUCAUCAACGAAAUCAUCUGCAAAGUCCAAACGACGAAAAACGGUUAGCGAUAAUGAGUACGAUGAUUUGUUGAAAGCAGAAACAGAUCCGGAAAAGAAAUUUCAAUUGACUUUAAAAAAACGUAAUGCAAUAAUCAAACGAACCUUAGCUAAAUCUUUUGACUUGAGCUCAACAGCUCUAUCGAGACUAGUGGUAGACAAGUGUGAUGAAACAAUUAAAGACUCAAUUCUAUCAAAAAUCAAGACGCAAGCGGAACGCAAACAAACGGACGAUUCCAAACCAAUUCAAACAUCUCGUGUUGUUACUGAUGAAGUUCAUUUAUAUGAUCAAAUAUCUCGGCUAGAUGACGAUGAAUUUGAUGAAGCACCGAAUAACGAUUACUGUCAACAGUUUGUAAAUAUGGGUCAACGACCGCAGAAUUAUAUUCGCGAUGCAGGUCUUCGUGGUCGAUUUGAAGAGUAUCCUAAAUUACGUGAAUUAAUUCGUCUAAAAGAUGAUUACAUCGAGAAAACCAAUUCUCCGCCAAUGUAUCUACGUUGCGAUUUGUUAGCAAAUAAUUUUACGUUGGCAUCACUUGAUUGUGAAUUUGAUGUUAUUCUUAUUGAGCCACCUUUGGAAGAAUAUAAACGAACAAGCGGGAUUCAUUUUGAUCGUUAUGUUACCUGGGAAGAAGUGAUAAAACUUGAUGUGGAAUCGGUGGCAGCUCAGCGAUCGUUUGUUUUUCUAUGGUGUGGAUCUGCCGAAGGUUUGGAUCAAGGACGAGCAUGUUUGAAGAAAUGGGGAUUUCGACGGUGUGAAGAUAUCUGUUGGGUGAAAACGAAUCGAACGAAUUCCCGACCAGCACUAACGUCGCAAUCGGGUUCGAUUUUUCAACGGACUAAAGAACAUUGCUUGAUGGGUAUUCGCGGUACCGUUCGUCGUUCCGUGGACUCUGACUUUAUACAUGCCAAUGUGGAUAUCGAUUUAAUCAUAACUGAAGAACCCGAAUGGGGCGAUCCAAACAAACCAAUUGAACUAUAUCACAUUAUUGAACAUUUCUGUUUGGGUCGUCGUCGUCUACAUUUAUUUGCUCGAGAGUCCACUAUUCGACGUGGUUGGCUCUCAGUUGGUUCAGAUAUCUGCACAUCAAAUUUCGACAAGCGCAUUUACAAGGCAUACUUCGAAAAUCCGCUGCCAGCACUUGAAAACAUCACUGAACGCAUUGAGCAACUCCGACCUAAAUCACCUCCACCCAAAGGUCUGAAAGCUGCACCUGGAACAGCUUCUGCUGUGGCAAAUUCCAAUUCAAACGCAGCAUCCGCUCAACAAAUCAUUCCGUCGAGUGUGCCGUCAUCAGUAUCAACAAAAGACAUGGCUACAUCGCUUGCUUUACAAGAUGGUCAACAAGCCAUACGUUCGACUAUAACAAGUAAUCGUCAAUCGUCCUCACGAGCAGUUCGUCCACAUUGGGGUUUAUAUACGGAUGAUAUACCGCCUAAUGUUUAUCCUCCGAUGCUGCCUUCGCCGACACGGCAUGGUUAUCCAACACCUUACUCGGAAUUACAUUUGCUAUCUGAAUAUGAUUAUGCUAUAGCAGCUGGUAGUAGUAGUAGUCAGAACGACUAUGAUAAUUAUUAUGGUCAUGCCAGUGUUGAUCAACAAGAUGAGAGAGGCAAUUUUCGGAAUUGA